ACAGAGCCAACGAUAGCUUUCUUAGCACGGUGUGCCAAAAACAGAGAGAACGAGAGAGCAAGAGAGAGAGAGAUCCAUGGACAGCACAGACUGGUGACUUGGUGCCUGGCUUGCGCAUGGAUGGUUGAUUAGUGUGGAGAGCGAGCAGAGAGUGGAGGAAUUUCUAGGACACAGACGAUGGAGGCAGAGAAGCAGUCCAGCUCGGUACGUCGGAGGGGGUGGAGUUUGUCUUCUCUCCGCAUCAAGAGUAAAACAACAACAGAAGAGGAUGGAGAGUUUGCAGCUGGGCGGAGAGGGACAAAGAAAUUCUCUUCACUUCGGGCAGAUCCUCGGAAAUCGGAUCUGGAGAAACCGGCCUGUGAUGAGGCCAGAGCAGCAGGGGCCACAGCCGGACGGACACACCUGUUCCCCCGGAAAUGGAUAGAGAAAAGUAAAGGUGAGAAGCCCCCAAGGGAGGGCGUGGUGGAGGCCAAUGGGAAGGGCAGCCCUGCAGGCCAGGAGCAGAGUGGCAUCAUGUCCAGUGAGGAAGAUGAGGGUGAUGAAGGCCCCCUCAAGAGGCUGAGCACCAUCUUGUCAUCUUUCCGUGGAAAAUUCUCCAGAGACCGGGGCGCUAAGGAGCCGGCCCUGCCCCAGCUGACAGAUGCCGCUGCGGUGGAAACCCCGGCCAGAGAACAGCGGUAUGCCAGUGGGCAGUUCUUCUUUGAGUACCUGGUGGUAGUCAGCCUCAAGAAGAAGAAGGAUGGCAACUAUGAGCCCCAAAUCACCUACCAGUUCCCAAAGAGGGACGGGAUGGUGAAGUUCCAGAGGGAGGAGGAGGAGAAGACCCUGAAAGCCAUCACUCUCUUCUGCUUCCCAGAGGGAAUCAACUGGGCACCCCUGACAGAGUACCGAAGCGAGACCUUCUCAUUUGUCUUAACGGAGAUCGAUGCGAGCCGAAGAAACGGAUACUGCCGAAGACUCCUGCCCCAUGGUAACGGGGCCCGGCCUCCAGAAGCCUACUGCAUCAUCAGCAGAUUGGCCUGCUUUGGACUCUUUUCCAAGAUAUUUGAUGAGGUGGAGAAGCGGAGGCAGAUCUCCAUGGCGAUGAUCUACCCCUUCAUGCAGAGCCUGCGGGAGGCGCCUUUUCCUGCCCCUGGACACACCGUUAAAAUCAAGAGCUUCAUCCCUGAGUCUGGCACUGAGAUCAUCAGCCUAACGCGGCCUGUGGACUCGUGGCUGGAGCACGUGGACUUCCACACACUCUUCCACUGCCUGAGCGACAGCCAGAUCCUGCAGGUGUUCGCCGCCACUGUCAUGGAGCGACGCAUCGUCUUCAUCGCAGAGGAGCUCAGUACUCUGUCCCAAGUGAUCAACGCCGUCGCCGCCCUGCUCUACCCCUUCACCUGGCAGCACACCUUCAUCCCCAUCGUCCCGGAAAUCCUCAUCGACGUUGUCAUGGCGCCUACCCCGUACCUGCUUGGAGUGCAAAAGCGUCUGCUGGAGCAUGUCACCGACCAGCCAGACCCGAGUGACCUACUUGUGGUGGAUUUGUCCGAAGGAGCGAAGGACAAGUUCCUCAUAAGUAUCGGAGAUGAGAAGACCAUUCUGCCACAGAAGCUCCAGGAUGAAAUCCUGGUGGCAUUAGCUGCCAGAAAAGAGAACGCCACGUCGGAGGAACUGAAUAAGGUGGUGUCUGAGGCCUUCCUGCCCUUCUUCGUGAAGACUGUGGGUCACUUUGCUGCCUACAUCAAGCGUGACGGCAGCGACCAGCCGGGUGUCUUCCAGAGCCGCAGCUUCUAUAAGGCCAUUGAAUCCAAGACCACCCGCCACUUUGUCAAGAAGUUCAUCCAAACACAAAUGUUUGAUCUCUUCAUCCAGGAGGUGGAGCAACAGCCAGCCACCCAGGGAGGGUUUUUCCACAAAAAGAUAGCUGAGUACCAGGAGCGGAAGAGGAACGAGAAAGCAAAGAAACACUAGAGUGGACCGUGAGCCCUGUGAACUGCAGACUGUGGGGGAGGGCCACAUCCAGGGGUGGGACUGGGCAGGAACGCUUUUUUAAGAGGAAUGUAGAUAGGAAUGUUCUGUACAUAUGGCGAGAGUAAAUAAUUUUCUAUUCUGAUUUGUUUUUAACUGUUAGCGUAGCACUGCGCAGUGUGUGUCUGUAAGUUAAGUGUGUGGUACAGUGGGUUGGAUGAGGUACGCCCUGCUGCUGUUGGUUGUGAUUUAAACAGAGUAGUCUCUUUUGAUGGUCGUGGCUGAGCUGAGCACCCCUGCUCUCCAGCUUGUUUAUCUGAGCCAUAUCAUGCAACGCAACGGAGCAGAGGAAAGUGUAAAUAAUAAAAAAAAAAAAAUGUCUUCACUCUGUUUUGUGAGGGGCAUGCUUACACCUUUCAUGGUGCUGUAGUACCAUUCUCUUUGUGUUAGUAAGAAACACGUGAAGCUGAGUGUUUUUUUCUUUUACACACACAUACACAGAGACACACACACACACACACACACACAUAUGUAUAAAUGGAGACUAAGAAGGAACUGGGUCACCAUUUGCCUUCAGAACAGCUUCAGUGCUUCUUGGAAUAUUGUUUUGAACUGUUUCCAAUGGGAAAUUGGACUAUGCUGCAAUAAGGAAUGCCACCAGUUCUUUCAGAUAUGAAGGAGGUAGAAAUCUACUCUGCAUUCUACAUUUCCAAACUUCCCAUGAAGGUCCAUUGAUGUUUAUAUCUAAUGGUUUGGGAGGCCAUGGAAGGUGUUUGACUUUAUCCUGUGUUGCUGUCACGAUUUUCUACACUGUUCCC